AAAAUGGCAUUUCAGAAGGCAGUAAAAGGAACUGUUCUCAUUGGAGGAGGCGCCAUAGCAACAAUUUUUGGCCUCUCUCAAUUUUCUCAGUAUAGAAACAAACAUGGCAACCUCGUAUAUAUUCAAGCAGCAGAACCUGCGAAUGUUCCAAUGAAAAAUCACCUUCCUGCAAGAGAAGAUCAGCUACUAGCUCUACAAAACACAAGCGAAUUUGAUGUGCUAAUUAUAGGAGGAGGAGCAACAGGGAGUGGCUGCGCUUUAGAUGCUGUUACUAGAGGACUAAAAACAGCCCUUGUAGAAAGAGAUGAUUUCUCAUCAGGGACCAGCAGCCGGAGCACUAAAUUGAUCCAUGGUGGAGUGAGAUAUCUUCAGAAGGCCAUCAUGAAGUUGGAUUUUGAGCAGUACAAGAUGGUAAAAGAGGCACUUCAUGAGCGUGCCAAUUUGCUUGAGAUCGCUCCUCAUCUGUCCUCUCCUUUACCUAUAAUGCUUCCUGUUUACAAGUGGUGGCAGUUACCAUAUUACUGGGUGGGAAUAAAACUCUAUGACCUCGUAGCAGGAAGUCAGUGUCUGAAAAGCAGCUAUGUCCUCAGCAAAUCAAGAGCCUUGGAACUUUUUCCAAUGUUACAGAAAGACAGGCUUGUAGGAGCUAUUGUCUACUAUGAUGGACAACACAAUGAUGCACGAAUGAACCUUGCCAUUGCCCUCACUGCUGCCAGGUAUGGUGCUGCCACAGCCAAUUACACUGAAGUGGUGCACUUGCUGAAGAAGACAGAUCCAAAGAGCGGGAAGGAGCGUGUCUGUGGCGCACAUUGCAGGGAUGUUUUAACAGGGCAGGAAUUUGAUGUCAAAGCCAAGUGUGUUAUCAAUGCUACGGGACCUUUCACAGACUCUGUGCGCAAAAUGGAUGAUCAGGAAGUAGCAAACAUCUGUCAGCCAAGUGCAGGCGUGCAUAUUGUGAUGCCUGGUUAUUAUAGCCCUGACAACAUGGGGCUGCUUGACCCAGCCACUAGUGAUGGCCGAGUGAUUUUCUUCCUGCCGUGGGAAAAGAUGACUGUUGCUGGGACAACAGAUACUCCAACUGAUAUCACUCCUCACCCAAUACCUAAAGAAGAAGAUAUCAACUUUAUUUUGAAUGAAGUGCGCAACUACCUGAGUUGUGAUGUUGAAGUGAGAAGAGGAGAUGUCUUGGCAGCAUGGAGUGGCAUUCGUCCCCUGGUCACAGAUCCGAACUCUAAAGACACGCAGUCAAUAUCUCGGAAUCACAUUGUUGCUGUCAGUGACAGUGGCCUUGUAACCAUAGCAGGUGGGAAAUGGACAACCUAUCGCUCCAUGGCACAGGAUACCAUUGAUGCUGCUGUCCAGGCUCACAAUCUCAUGGCAGGCUCCAGUAAGACAGUAGGACUUUUAUUACAGGGGGCAAAAGACUGGAGUCCUACUCUUUACAUUAGACUGGUCCAGGAUUAUGGACUUGAAAGUGAGGUGGCUCAGCAUCUUGCUUCUACAUAUGGUGACAAGGCUUUUGAGGUGGCCAAAAUAGCCCAGGUUACUGGCAAGAGGUGGCCUAUUGUUGGAAAACGUCUUGUGUCCGAAUUUCCAUAUAUUGAAGCAGAGGUGAUAUAUGGUGUAAAAGAGUACGCCUGCACUGUAGUCGAUAUGAUCUCGCGUCGUACUCGCCUGGCCUUCCUGAAUGUGCAGGCUGCUGAUGAAGCCCUACCAAGAAUUGUUGAUAUCAUGGGGAAGGAACUUAAUUGGAGUGAACAGUGGAAAAAGGAAGAACUUGCAGCUGCGAAAAAGUUUCUGUACUAUGAAAUGGGAUAUAAGGCAAAAUCAGAGCAAUUAACGGACAGUUCUGAAAUCAGUCUUGUACCUUCGGAUAUUGAAAGAUAUAAGAAGAGAUUCCACAUGUUUGAUAAAGAAAAUAAAGGAUUUAUUACCAUACUGGAUGUCCAACGUGUCUUAGAGAGCAUCAGUAUUCAAAUUGAUGAAAAUACACUUCACGAUAUUUUAAAUGAAGUGGAUUUAAACAAAAAUGGGCAGGUGGAACUCGAUGAGUUUUUACAGGAGGCUAAAGUAAGGGAGAGGAAAGAAUAUGUUCCCCUCUAUUUGUGUGAAAGACCAGGAGACCUUUAACUAGCAGGAUGGAAGUGGAGUAGGCAUGGAAGGGGCAAGUGCUGGCUUGUUUCUGUAAGUUUUCAUCCUAUGCCAGCAAUUCCACAUGGACUCCUGUCUUCAGAGAGAUAAGGAUGCUACUGGGGGAAAACCGGGGGAUAACUCUCCAAGCAGAUUUUCAGGGCAAAGCAAAACAAACUUUUGACUAAGUCUGUAGUGACUUACGCUGAUUUUCCUAUUUCCUCAACAUGCCAUAGAGUGCUUUAGUAAUAGCAUCACCUGGGUGGCACCAGACUGCCAAGAGUCAUCAGAAGCUGUUUGCCAUCAUGAUUCAGUGCAAUACAGCAAAACACCCCUUGACUUUUAAGCAACUCUAAAAUGCAAGGAGUUUCUUCUGUGCAGAAAUAACUGCUGUUAGACUCAAACAAUGUAUCUUACAGUUUGUUGAGGGUCCUUUUCAAGAGGACAGGGAUGACUUCUGCCCCAGAUAAACAUAUAUUUCUUCCCCUAAAUUUGGUGAGAGUCAAGCAGCAUUUCAAGGCAUAAUUUGGCCUGUACUACACAGUACAAACACUGUCAUUUGUAUGUUCCUAAUGCAAGCACUGAUUAGAAACUUCAAUUUAAAAGCAUUGAGGAUGAGAAACUGCAGAUUCACUGUCAAGGCCCAUUCACUGUCAAGUUCGUAUGUUCCUGUUUAAUUUCUGAUUUAGGUAAAGAGGAAUGUAUCAGAGUACGGGAAAGGAAGCAAUGAACAUCAGUUGCCCGUGCAUCUUUUCUCUGCAAGGCUUUAAAAAAAAAUAAGGCAAUAAGGAUACAACUAAAAUGUUUGUCCAUUUGACUCCUCUUGAACGAGCCAUUUAUUUAUUUCCAGCUAGCUGGGUUUGUUUUUUGUAGAGUCUUUCUUGGUCAGGUAUUUCAAAUGACUGCCAGGUCUUUCCUGCACCAUGGCAAUGAUGAAUGCCGAACAUGAGAUAAAUUAAUGCUGGGGAUUUUGGUCAAUGUCAGCCCUUUCUUCACUGUGUCAAGUUAAACAAACAAGAUCAAGGCAAAGGAAAUGGUAAUUGUCUCUCUCGAGAUGAGCUGUAGAUAAGAGGAGCAUUGUUGAAUCUAAAUGCAGAAAAUUUUCACAGGUUGUGUCCAGCAUUACAAAAAAGCAGUAUUUAUUCACCUGAAACUGAGUGGUUCAGCUGUGUGACAAAAUGCAUGUUUUGUUUUUAAUUAAGAACUGCCUUAUGUCUUUAUACGAAUAAAUUUUUUUAAAAAAGGAAAAAUAUAACCCUACAAACCAACCAGGAAAAAACCCCCACCACAAUCAGGUAAUUGGGAGACAGCUUCCUUUUUAAUUUUUUUUUCAUAAGAAACUUUAAUUUAAAAGAAGAAAUGUGACUUUGCAUUUUACAUAGAAAACUCUUUACUUUUAUGACUACAUUUUAUGGUAUAAUUUGAUUAGUUUGAGUACACUGUAGUUAAAAAAUAGAAAUAACAAGCAAUGGAUCCUGUUGUGAUUUACUUACUGUUUUCAGUAGUCUCUUUAGAGGUGGUCCUAUAGUUUAAUACUUCCAAAAUAGAAAUGGCAGAUCUCUUUGUGUAUUUCUAAGUUACUUUUUAAAGCUAUGCGCCUUGU